CAAAAUUGUUUCACCAGAGGGCGCUUUAUGUUGCUCGGCCACGUAAGUCAGGGUCGUAUUUCUUGAUUUUAUUUAAAAAUACGACAAUUUAGUGAUAUUUGCUAUCAUGUGAAAAUGGUUUAAUACCUACAAAGUGCACAGUGUAAUUCUUAGUACUUUUAUUUCCUCUUAAAACUGAUUGCUGAAACAUGUCGAAUCUACCACCAAAUCCAUAUAACAGCAUUCCUGGACCACCUCAAAUGAAUGCUUAUGGAGGACCGCAAAUGAAUCAUAAUCAGCCACCAUUGGGGCAGCCUAAUUAUAGUGGAUUGAAGGCUGAUGCUAACUCUAACAGCCCAGUUCACGCCCCGGUCUCCCUGCGCCAGGAUAACGCUCAAUAUGGACAGCAUCAGAGUGUCAACAACUAUAAUCAGAGUUCUAAUAGUUCACCUGCUUUCAAUAGACCAGGCGCUGUGCCAAUUUCUUCUGCCCUUCCUCCAUCUAUGCUCCCACCUAUGAAAAACAACCCUAUGCCGAGUAGUGCCAGUCAUUUCCCCAACUCAAUCAUUCCACCCAAUGUUCCACUCUCUACUUCCAGUCCUAAACCAGUCUCCAAUGUUAAUACCACAUCACCAUACCCACCCAGCUUCAUUCCUCCAGGUAGACAAAUUAAUGACAAUGCACCACCACUCAUACCUUCUAGUCAGUCUCUCCAUCAGCCUGUUAUGAAUGGGCCCUCUGGUCCUCCUGCUAUGCCAGGCCCUCCCAGUUCCAUGCCAUCUCAGUAUCCUCCUUCAUCCAGAGCAUUCAGUCCUCCGGGAGUGAUACCUCCAACAUCAGCUAUCUUUGGGCCCCCUGGCCAGGUGAACUCAAUGUAUGGUCCACCUCAACCUGGACUGAAGCAAGGAGGAAAUGCCCCAUUAACUGGACCACCUACACCAGUUCAAAGAAGUAGCCCAGUUGUAACUGGUCCUCCACCAAAUGUGCAAAGGCCAGUGGGGGUGGCGCCUCCAGUUACAAGUGCUGCAAGACCAAUAGGAGUAAACGGAGGAUCACCUUUUGCCAGCAUUCCGCAAGUACCACAACCAAAUUUGGGACCCAUGGGACCGAAAGCAAGUAUGCCCCCAGUUGGGCCAAGUCCUAGUUUGGGUCCUCCAUUGAAUGGGCCUCCAGGACCAACAAUGCAGCCAGGAGCUUCACCAUCGAGACCAUUAGUUCCACCAUCUAAUCCACAAGUUAGUGGUCCACCAACUGGACCACAAAGUUUACCACCCAUGGGACCACCUCCAGGAAUAUCAAGAGGACCUGUACAAAGUAGUCAGACUGGACUACCAAGUGGCCCAACCAUGGGUCCCCCUAGUUAUGCAAGUAUGGGUCCCAGUGUCCCACCAAUAGGACAUCCACCCAUGAAUCCAGCUAUGCCACCUGGCCCUCAGGGUUUACAGGGCCCUCCUGGUCUCCAGAGUGGACCAGUUGGUCUACAAAGUGGUCCCACUGGUCUCCAAAGCGGUCCAACAAUGGGACCACAGAGCUUACCCCCAAUGGGAAAUCAAAUGCCAGUACCAGGAGCGCCAAUGAGUAAUCAACCUAUGAGCAACAUGCAGCCGCGGUAUCCCCCAAUGCCACCGAGUAACUACAACCAGGGCCAGGUCCAGCCACCAAGGCCAUACUCACAGCAGUACAAUGCCCAUGGAGUCACACAGCAGAUGGGCAACCUCAGUGUGACCAAACAAGGAUUUGACCAGCUUUGGGGCCAUCAGAAUGUUGACUUACUGCAGACGAGGCAUAUACUGCCAGAAUAUCCAGAAGACCUCCCUGAGAUAAGACUUGGACAACAGUUUGCUGACGCCCCAAAUUGCAGCCCUGAUGUGUUCCGGUGUACGGUGAACCGCAUACCAGAAACAAACAAUCUCCUGCAAAAGUCUAGAUUGCCCCUAGGAAUUCUCAUCCACCCCUUCAAGGAUUUAAAUCACCUGCCGGUGAUCCAGUGCGCGUCGAUAGUGCGGUGCCGCGCGUGCCGCACGUACAUCAACCCCUUCGUCUACUUCCUCGACUCCAAGCGAUGGAAGUGCAACCUCUGCUUCCGGGUUAACGACCUGCCCGAAGAGUUCCAAUACGACCCGGUGACGAAAUCCUACGGGGACCCGUCGCGCCGGCCGGAGAUCAAGUCGGCCACCAUCGAGUUCAUAGCGCCGGCCGAAUACAUGCUGCGGCCGCCGCAGCCCGCCGUCUACCUGUUCCUCAUGGACGUCAGCCAGCUGGCCAGAGAGUCGGGGUAUCUGGAGGUGUUCUGCAAAACGCUCAAGAGCUGCCUCGACCAGUUGCCGGGCGACGCGCGCACGCAGGUCGGCUUCAUCUGCUUCGACGCACACGUGCACUACUACCUCAUGAGCGACGACGCCACGCGGCCCAAGGAGAUGACCGUGCUGGAUAUUGACGACGUAUUCCUCCCGUCUCCCGAGUCACUACUCGUGAACCUGCAGGAGCGUCGCGAGCUCAUCACGGAGUUACUAAACGUGCUGCCGCGCCGCCACGCCGCGCCCGCCGCGCCCGCCUCCGCGCUCGGCGCCGCGCUUCAAGCCGCUUAUAAACUCAUGGCACCGACUGGAGGGCGCAUCACAGUUUUCCAGACAUGUCUUCCAAAUGUUGGACCAGGAGCGCUACAACCAAGAGAGGACCCGAACGCGCGGUCGUCCAAAGAAGUCGCACAUCUGAACCCAGCCACGGACUUCUACAAGCGGCUGGCGCUGGACUGCAGCGGCGCGCAGGUCGCCGUGGACCUGUUCCUGCUCAACUCGCAGUACGCAGACCUGGCCACGCUCAGCGGCAUGAGCAAGUUCAGCGCGGGCACGGUGUACCACAUCCCGCUGUUCAACGCGGCGCGCGCGUGGCAGGCCGACCAGCUCAAGCGGAUGCUGAAUAGAUACCUCACCAGGAAGAUCGGCUUUGAAGCGGUCAUGAGGGUGCGGUGCACUAGGGGCAUAACAAUCCACACGUUCCACGGCAACUUCUUCGUGCGCUCCACGGACCUGCUGUCUCUGCCCAACGUGAGCCCCGACGCGGGCUUCGGCAUGCAGCUCGCUAUAGAAGAGAGCCUUACUGACCUGCAGCAGGUGUGCUUCCAGGCGGCGCUGCUGUAUACUAGCAGUAAAGGUGAAAGAAGGAUACGAGUUCACACGCUAGCGUUGCCGAUAGCGUCCACCCUGCCUGAUGUACUACACUCAGCCGACCAACAGUGUAUCAUAGGACUACUUAGUAAAAUGGCUGUGGACCGUUGCGCGUCAGCCUCCAUGUCGGAAGCCAAGGAGGCUAUAAUGAACGUGGCCAUAGACGUUCUCUCGGCGCAUCGACUCGCGCAGAACCUGCCGGCCGGCGCCGCGGGCUCGGCUCUUCACGCGCCAGCCUCGCUGCGCCUCCUACCCUUGUAUCUUCUGGCGCUACUCAAGCGGGUGGCAUUCCGCACCGGCACUUCGACCCGCCUCGACGACCGAGUGGCGGACAUGUGCGGCAUGAAGACGUCCCCGCUGAGCCAGCUGCUGCGCCGCGUGUACCCCGACCUGUACCCCGUGCUGGAGCUCACGGAGGAGGACGAGCCGCCGCGCCUGCAGCUCACUGCCGAGAGAAUAAACUCAACGGGCGCCUACCUCCUAGACGACGGCGACACGCUAAUCCUCUACAUCUGCCACGGAGCCAGCCCCGCCUACCUGUCGGACACAUUCGGAGUGACGUCAUUCAACCAACUGCCAGAUGAGUCUAGAACACUACCGGUCCUGGACUCGCCCGGGAACCAGGUGUUGCAUGCGUUUAUAGAGAGGCUAAACGAUGACCGGCCGUACCCGGCGAAUAUGUUGGUUUUGAGGGACAACUCACCAUCCCGGAUGCUGUUCACUGAAAGACUCGUGGACGACAGAGUGGAAUCGGCGUUCUCAUACUACGAGUUCUUGCAACACAUCAAGAGCCAAGUGAAGUGAGGCGCGGGCGCCGCAGCGAGCGGUCGCGACCCGCGCGCACUUCACACCCGUUCGCCCGGCGUUCGGGAAUGUUCGUGCGCCCCUCGGGACUACUCGGCUGAGCUCGCUCCAGUCAAGUGCUGAGUGAACGGCGCGUCAAUCGCAACGGUCCGAAGUUGGGUACGAUCGACAUUACACGUUUAUUACAAUUUGUUUCGUAGUCUAUAGUGCAAUGUAAAUAAACAAUACGGUUUCAGAUUUUAA